AACACCUCGGAUUGUUUGGCAUCAAUCAUCCACGUUAACCUCAAUUGAUCCAUCAGAUGGACGCCGUUGAAUUCUAUUAUUGAGCGAAUUCCGAAAAUUCCCUAAUCUAUUAGAUUCCGCCCUUGCAGGCACUUGCCAGCGAUGUCCCCAUCAUCUGCCACCCGCCUCUCCCGUCCCACCCGCAAUGCCUUAACCACUCUCUCCCGCCCUACCUCCCGCUCCCCCUUCUCUCCCUCCCUCCAUCACCACCGUCCCAUCUCCUCCUUUGGCUACACCCAAUCCCGCGCCCUCAUCUUCCCCGACUACGGCGACCCCGCCUCCAUCCUCUCCCUCCACACCCACUCCCUCCCCCCCACCCACGGUGACCACCUCACCCUCCGCUUCCUCGCCUCCCCCAUCAACCCCGCCGACAUCAACCAGCUCCAAGGCGUCUACCCCUCCAAACCCACCUUUACCCCUGACCUCGGCACCCCGCAUCCCGUCGCUGUCGGCGGCAAUGAGGGCGUCGCUGAGGUCCUCGCGGUCGGGAGCGGUGUGAAGGACCUCGCGAAGGGUGACUGGGUCAUCAUGCGCAGCCCCGGCUUCGGCACGUGGCGCACGCACGCGCAGACUACGGCGGCGGGGCUGCUGCGGCUGGGGGAAGCGACGCGCGAGGGGAUCACCCCGGCGCAGGCGGGCACGGUGAGCGUGAACCCGUGCACGGCGUACCGGAUGCUGAAAGACUUCGUGGAGUUGAAGGAAGGGGACUGGUGGAUUCAGAACGGGGCGAAUAGCGGGGUGGGGAGGGCGGCGGUACAGUUGGGGCGGGAGUGGGGAUAUCGGAGCAUCAAUGUGGUAAGGGGGCGGGAGACAGAGGCGGAGACGGAGGCGUUGAAGGCGGAGUUGCGGGAGCUGGGGGCGGAUGUCGUGGUAACGGAUAAGGAGGCGAUGGAGCGGGGUUUCGGCGACCGUGUGAAGGAGUGGACGGACGGGGGCAGGGGGAAGGUGAGGCUGGGGCUGAACUGCGUGGGCGGGAAGCUGGUCACGUCCAUGGCGAAGGUGCUCGCGCCGGACUCGCGGGUUGUGACGUACGGCGCCAUGGCGAAGCAGCCCGUCGCGCCGCCGGCCGGGUUGCAGAUUUUCCGGAAUAUUGGGUUCGAUGGGUUUUGGGUCAGUCGGUGGAGCGAUAAGAAUCCGGUGGACAAGGAGAAGACGGUGAAGCACGUGCUGGAUUUAACCCGGCAAGGGAAAUUUAAGGACUCGCCCAUGGAGGAGAUUCGGUGGGAUUGGGACACGAAACAGGAUACCUUGGUGCGUGCGGUGGCGGGGACGCUCGAGGGCUAUCGACAAGGAAAGGGUAUAUUCGUAUUUGGUGAUACCUAAGUAUGUGCUGUCACGGCUCCGAAUUCAAUCCAUACGCCUAAAGA